CAUGUCUAUCAACCCGCCCGAGCGCUUCAAAAGCGGCAAUGUAUGUUGCGCUCAGGCUCCCCCCUCUGUGCCAGUGUGUCAUCUGAAGGACUGGAGAAAGCAGCUGAGACUGGCUCGUCCGACCUCUUACUACAGGGCGUAAAUCGUUCAUCUGUGCUGUUAUACUUUUCCAGCCAUCAUACUCGGUUCUUCAUUUGAAACUUCGGCGGAAUGAGUAGAAAAAGUCUAAAUUGCAGAACCAAAGAGGGAAUCAUCGGGUAGGCGAAUUGUUGCACACUUUGGAGUCCUUCGUGGGAAGAUGUUUAACAGUGAUGCGAUUUCCCAUAAAGACACAUGACUGUCAAGUUAAAGUGUGUUUGGAUCAACACGACUCUGAACUACGGAUGAAAGAAUCAAAAUCGAUCUAUUUGUCGAGCACAGAGUGAUUGUUUAUCGCCAAAACCGAUGUUUGUUAAAGGAAGAAGAAAUCUUGGGUUUCGUCAGUUUGCGUCAUGACUUCCAGCUAUGCUCAUUUAAUGGACAGACAAUCCACGCUGCCUAACCGACUGGAGAGUUCGAUCACCGCAAAUCAGGAUCAUUUACAGGCUAAGAAGAACUUUUCCGUGAGCCACCUGUUGGAUCUGGAGGAAGCGCGGGAGAUGGUGGGAGCUCAAGCGGAGGAGAGCGCAGGAGAGGCGGGCAGGAGUAUGCUGGAGUCUCCGGGACUGACGAGCGGCAGCGACACAACACAGCAGGAGAAUGAGCAGCUCAACUCAGAGGAAAAGAAAAAGCGUAAACAGAGGCGAAACAGGACCACAUUCAACAGCAGCCAACUGCAGGCCCUGGAAAGAGUAUUUGAGAGAACACAUUACCCCGACGCUUUUGUCAGAGAAGACUUAGCAAGACGGGUCAACCUCACUGAAGCUCGAGUGCAGGUGUGGUUUCAAAACCGGCGGGCUAAGUUCAGGCGAAAUGAACGUGCGAUGCUGGCCAGUAAGAAUGCCUCGUUGCUCAAGUCUUUCUCAGGAGAAGUAACAGCCGUGGAGCAGCCUAUUGUGCCUCGUCCCGCUCCCAGACCCAAUGACUACCUGUCCUGGGGAAGCUCACCAUCAUACAGCGCCAUGGCAACCUAUUCUCCAUCAUGUGCGGCCAACAACACUGCCCAGGGCAUGAACAUGGCCAAUAGUAUCGCCAACCUGAGACUUAAAGCCAAAGAAUACAGUCUCAACCAGGUUCCCACAGUCAACUGAAGUGGACAACACAGCCAUCCCAGAACAUUUCCAGCAUCCCAACCAAAGCUUUCUAUCACAGACUCUACUAUUUACAUUCUUUUCUCCUAUAUGUGUCCUUUACUCUUAUCGAUAUAAUUCUCAAAGGAACGCAAUCAAAGAGAACUUUCCCAAGGUACAAGCUUUCCAAAACCAAUUAUUUACAGAGAACAUGAUAUGUUCUUGGCAUGUGGAAAGUGACAUGUGGGAAAAUUCAGUUUUGGAAAGCACAAAAAUGGAAACUUUCACUGUUCACACUGAAUGUGUGCACGAGUGCGGUCAUCUCUUUGAUGAUGGUGGCUUACUUUAGAUUCUCCUGAGGCUGUCGCUGACCACAGGGAUUUGACGACCUCGGCGGAAUUUACAUGCUACAAUCUUGUGGACAUCUGGGAAGUUUUCAGGAUUUCCCCUUAUUCCUCCUUGGAACUCAUAACCGUGCACUGAGGCAACAAACUGAGAUUUGGAGUGAUUUUUUUAUUGAAACCGGAUAAAAUAUGGCUCCCAUAUUACCAUAUUGUGAACUUUUUACUUGUUUUUACUUUUACCCAUGAACAGCAAGGGCUACAUGUUUGUUUGGGCAUAUGUGUAAGUGUAGACAUGUAUUACUACGGUAUGCAAGUGAUGUUGAACCGUGACAUCUUUUCCAUGAGUUUGGAGCCUAAUUUUAAUUUCCCCCAUUUAUAUUGUCUAAAUAUAUCCAAACAUGUUAUAUACCUUUGCAAUAAAAAUGCUGUGUCAUA